GGGAAGUGAUGUCCUGCAGUUUAACCACAGCACAGCCAUCCAAAUAUAGGCAAAAGCUGUGUGCAGGCGACGGGAUGCGGAUGCUGCUGGCGGAGGCUCCGGGCGCUACAGCAACAUAGUCCGUGCCUUUGGUUCCUGAUAUGUGAUAUGAAUACGGACUUCUGAACAGCUUUGUGUACUGGAAACUUCUGACCGAAAAUAGAAUUCCUGUCCUAGCAAGGUCACAAUCACAUUUCACAAUGUUUGAUGGGGACUAUGACUACCUCAUAAAGUUCUUAGCACUGGGAGACUCCGGCGUUGGAAAAACCAGCUUUCUCUUCCAAUACACAGAUGGAAAAUUUAAUUCCAAGUUCAUCACCACAGUAGGCAUAGACUUCCGGGAAAAGAGAGUGGUAUAUCGCUCAAAUGGUCCUGAUGGUAUUGCUGGCAGAGGUCAACGGGUUCACCUGCAGCUAUGGGACACAGCAGGUCAGGAAAGGUUUCGCAGUCUGACAACAGCCUUUUUCCGAGAUGCAAUGGGAUUCCUUUUGCUAUUUGAUUUAACAAAUGAGCAGAGCUUCCUGAAUGUCAGGAACUGGAUAAGCCAGCUGCAAAUACAUGCGUAUUGUGAGAACCCGGAUAUUGUGCUAUGUGGAAAUAAAAGUGAUCUUGAGGAUCAAAGAGCCAUUAAGGAAGAAGAGGCCAAGGAAUUUGCAGAGAAAUAUGGAAUCCCCUACUUUGAAACAAGUGCUGCAGAUGGGACAAACGUGAAUAAAGCAGUGGAUACUUUACUGGACCUGAUCAUGAAGCGCAUGGAACGGUGUGUGGACAAGUCUUGGAUACCACAGGGGGUUGUACGGUCCAAUGGCCACAGCUCUACUGAGCAGUUACAUGAGGACAAAGACCAAGCCAAAUGUGCCUGCUGAGACCACCCUUUAAUAUAAAUCCUAACCAAGAUCCAUAAUCCCGCCCUUAAUUUUAGAGUUCUACGGUCAUAACCUCAGAAUAUAAAGUGUUUGUUUGUAUUUUGCAAACCUUGAGUUCUGCUCAGAAAAAAUGUCAUUAUGUCAGAACUUAAUGUUACAUUCCCCAAUCAGCAAGGUGCAAUAUGGCUUUUUAUUUUCUUUGCAAGGAGAAUGUUAUUCAAGACUGCAUUUAUAGACACUUACAAGCCUGUUGCUCCUGGCUGUGUUUAGCCUUUUAUAGUACAGUUUUGCAUUAUGAAUUAUUCUGUCUGCAAUGUUGCUACGUUCUUCCUGAAAAUUAUUAUUAUUAGGAUUCUUUACAUGACCUAUGCCAGUCAACAUAUGUUUAUGUGCAUAGCUAUUAAUGCAUAAAUUAUAUAUAAAAUUUCUUAUGUUUCAACAGGAAUUUAGGGCAGAAUAAAAACCAGCAAAAAUUCUUCAGGGCUGGUGCUAAACGAUGACUUUGUAUGUGCCAUAUGUGCUUUUUGGGCCCCUGUUGUUGGAUAGAGACAGUUCCGCAUUGGUCCUGGUGAGACAUGCUGCCACACAAGAGCUCAAUAUUGCGAGAGGCCAAAUUAAAAUAAAUAAAUUCUGGGUUGGAAAUUCUUCACUUGUUCAAUGGAUAACAAUUAUAAUUAUUUUUGAUUAUUUUGUUUUUCACUGUUCUUUGGUGGUGGCUGGGUGUUAAGCUUCUUUUUUUUACAUUGAGUUAAUAAAUAUAUAUAUAUAUAUAUAUAUAUAUAUAUAUAUAUAUAUAUAUACAUAUACAGUAUAUACACAUUACAGAAAUCUCGCUUAGCCGUCCAUUGUGCUGAAAUGUAAACCUACGUACAAACAUGGCUUUGAGAAGAUCUUUCUAAAUGAAUGUACUUAGAUUUUUUUUAACCAACAUUUUGUGAUCUGACAUACAGAAGUAACUUGAAGCCAUAGUCUUAAAUUAAAAUUUGCAGUUUUAUUUAUUAGCUGGGAAAUUUCACAGUAAAAUAUGGGUCGUUAAAUCGUUCUAUGGCAUUAAAACGAGUGCAUUCCUUUUUGAGGUUGUUGUUUUGUUUUUUUUACAUCUGUAAUACAGCAUAGAAAUGUCACAGUCCGCAUUAUAUUUUAUACCUCUCAUACCAUAUUAUCACGGUAUUGUCUUUCCUAUGCACCAGGCGGUACAAGAAAGUAGUGAAUCACCAUGGCACUGGAGAUGCGUAGGUUGCUACAGUCUUACAUAUGAUAAAACUGUAACAGUCCAAGUCCUAAUGACACACUUCCAAUAUAUUGCAGCUGUGAGCUGUAGGCCAGCUGUGGCCAUUCAAAGCCAUUGCUUCUUUUUAUCCACCUACUGUAGCCUUAACAAAAUGUUUAUCAAGUAUAUUAUGUGUGUUGUAUAAGGCGGCCACAUAUAUAUAAAAUUAUGUUUUUCCUAAUCUCUUCCUUUUUGAUGUGUGUAUUCAUUAUAUUCUGAUAAUUGUCUGCAAUAACCUGACUGUAUCAUGAAUAACCCAUGUGGUGUUUUCUGCUGGCAGCCGUCGGUUAUGAGUGUUGUAUACACAUACACAGGGAAAUGCGCAAAAUCUAAGUUUUUCAUGAUUGUACUUUAUGAAAGAUCUAUAUUUUCCGCUAUUUCCUAAUUUACAAGAUGCUAUUCAUUAAGACCCGCAAAAUGACUGCUACCAAGAUUCAUGAUGGCAAGUGUGCAAAGAAAUAGUAAGGGUGUACCAAAACCCAUUAGAGAGCAUGGUGACAGGAGAAACUGCACCGUAAGGCCGUGUACCUACCACUUUGUUUCUUACUGCUGGUAAAAAUGCAUAGCAACAAUGUUUGACACACGUUUACUACAUUUUGGAGCUCACUGUGCUCUUAAACUUAUUUAAUAGAACAUAAAAGUAGCUUCAGUUUGGUGACAUAAUUGUUGCCAGUGUGAAAACAGUUGACAUGUAUUGUACAAACAUUAAAAAUGAAGAAAGUGCAUCUAAUAAACACAAGGGGGUAUGAGGCCUAAAGAAUUCAUGCCUAAUGUUUAGUUAUAAAUGACAUUUACUAUAACUUACGGCAUCUGACUAAAAAUUGAUAACAUGCAAUUAGUGUUCGCACUGACCAAUUAGUAUGUACAUUUACAUUGUGAUCUGUGCUUUUCCAGCUGUUGCAAAACUACAGGUUCCAGCAUGCCAUGCAGUUGUCAAGACAUGCUUGGUCUCACAAGUGUAAAACCACAUAUUGCUUAACUAUACAAUUGUAACUUCUGGUGGUGCCAAAAUGAUUGGAGAGAGGUUCUAAACCUUCCCACAAGGCCUUCCGAUAACACCUUUUUAUUUGAUCACAGGUUGGAACAAAGACCUCCAGGACAACGACUAUUCCUGAUAUUUUAGAUAAGUAAGCCAUAGUUUUGUUACCGGUUAGUCUGAUGGAUUCAAAUUUGACUAAACACUUUAUUUUAUGCCUUGAGUAGCAUUUUAUGGUGGCGGUAGUACUCUGUGCAGUUCUCCCUUAUGAAGACUAGUAACCAUACAGUAGGGCCUGAGUGCUCUACACCAGGGCUGGCCAAAUCAGUCCUCAAGAUCUACCAACAGUUCACAUUUUCCAGACCACCUAGCUGGUGCACAGGUGUAGUCAUUACCAAUUAAGAUGUGCUGCAUUCAUUCCUAACUGACAAGCCUACAGAUCUCCAGGAGGCCUGGAAAACAUGACCUGUUGGUAGAUCUUGAGGACUGGUUAGGCCAGCCCUGCUCUACACUAUUAGGUCCAGUUCAUGUCUUCCAGUACUCAAUCUGUGCACAUAUUUCUGAGACCUGUAUGAGUAUACAUAAAGUAACUAUAGUCAAAGGGGGCAUAAUUAUUUGCAAUAUGCAGCUGCAGAUCACAUGUAAUUGCGGUGACGCAACAUUGAUCAAUGUUGCGGUGUGCCCGCACUGUUCCAGUGCCACAUUGCACAUAACUGAGUUGGUCCCAUAGAGUCCUGGUGAAUAACCAACUUCAGUGAUCUAAUGCUUGCAUUAUUACAGUGCGGUGCAUUGUAUGAUAUAAUCUUCAAAUUGCUAUGUACGGGUCUGUGCUAAACGUAUUACACCUGGUGCUUUUUUCAGGGGAUCUGUAGCUUAUUACAUCGGGGUAAUAGAUUGGAUUACUUCCAUACACUUUACAUUGGCGUAAUAAGCAUUACCAACAUAAUUGCAGUACUCUUGUUUUCUUUCAGCAGGUUUAUUCCACCUUAGUGAAACUAUUAUAACGCAGGGUGGUGUUUGAGAAUGUUAGUCCUGCUAAAUACAGUAUAGGCUGCAUACCACAUGCCCAUUGUAUAAUAUUGAUGAGUGCCUUUUCAUAGCAGUCAUCCAAGGGGCUUAGGGCGUACCAAAUAUUAAAUAGUCUUUAACUACUUUCCAAGAUAUUUUAACAAGUGCUGUAUUUGCACUUGUAAAUGAGAAUGUAUGUUUUGCACAGCUCAAAUGUCGUAUUGAACCAGGUCAUGUGGUAUCUUGGUUACAAGAUGAAGACUGUGCGCCUAUUUUUUUUAAUGGUCUGAAAUUUAAGAUUUAAAGUGAGAUUUAAUAAAUACUUAAAUGGCAUAUUUUGAUGAUGUAUAUUGUCUUUAACCAGAUGCAUUACAAACAAUGAAGUAUAUUAAAAUCUAUUAUCAAAUAAA